CCCACCUCACGUAGUGUGUUGUUCAUAACACCAAGCAUCAUGUCCGUGACCAGGAUCACAACCAGACCUGGAUAGAAAACAAUAACUACUUCGGGGAAAGUCGCACUUUGGGGGCCGAAAGCGGCGCCAUUUGGAGCCAAACGCGCAGACAGUCUGCAGACAGCUGCUGCUGCUGCUGCUGCUGCACCGGGGGAGCUGGAGGUGCUGCUGGAGCUCCACGCUGUGACUCUCCGGUGCGCAGGGGUUCACACACACAAGCAGAUGCUUUUUCCUUCUUUAAAAUAAGAGCAAAUCAAAGCUGCAUCUUCACCGGUAAGCGGGGUGACCUUGACUGGGAUCUAUGGGAAGACUGGAGCACAGGUUUUCUCCUCUUCCUCGUGUCGGUGGAGAGGGAGCUCCCAUUCAGGAUUUCUUCUGGUAAUAAAUAUACACUUCCCAAAAAAUUUUCAAUUUUUAUUUUUUUUUUUGGGUGUGGGUGGAGGUGGACUAAACCUGUUCACCUGGACGCUCUUCAGCUCGGGGGAGGGAGGAGGAGAAGAAACGAAAGAAAUAAAGAAAGAAAAGUGACCAGGCUUUCUUGACUCUGGCUCAGGGUCUCUGGGAGUGAUGGCGGCGUCAGCACCCUCCUCCUCUUCCUCCGGCGCCGGAGCGGAUCCCAACUCGACAAAUUUACGGCCGCCGGGCUCAAGUUAUGAUGCGUGGUGUGGGGUAGCUCAUGGAUGCACAAGAAAACUAGGCAUGAAGAUCUGUGGAUUUCUGCAGAAGAACAACAGUCUGGAGGAGAGGAGCAGGAUUGUGAGCUCCCUGAAGGAGCGCACGGCCCAGAACCUCAUGGCCUGCGAUAACGCCGGAGGAGACGCGCGUUUCAGGCGGACAGAGACAGACUUCUCCAACCUGUACGCCAGAGAUCUGCUACCAUCAAAGAAUGGAGAGGAGACGACCUUGCAGUUCCUGUUGGAGGUCGUGGAAAUCCUCACCAGCUACAUCAGGAAGACCUUUGACAGAUCCACCAAGGUCCUUGACUUCCACCAUCCUCACCAGCUGCUGGAGGGAAUGGAGGGCUUCAACCUGGAGCUCUCCGACCAGCCCGAGUCUCUGGAGCAGAUCCUGGUGGACUGCAGGGACACUCUGAAAUAUGGAGUCAGAACAGGCCACCCCAGGUUCUUUAACCAACUGUCCACCGGAUUAGACAUUGUGGGCUUGGCAGGAGAGUGGCUCACCUCCACAGCCAACACUAAUAUGUUCACUUAUGAGAUCGCCCCUGUUUUUGUGCUAAUGGAGCAGCUGACGCUCAAGAAGAUGAGAGAGAUAAUUGGCUGGCCAAACGGAGAGGGAGACGGAAUAUUUUCUCCAGGCGGUGCUAUCUCCAACAUGUACAGCGUGAUGAUUGCCAGAUACAAGUCCUUCCCUGAAGUCAAGACCAAAGGCAUGGCAGCUGCACCCCGACUGGUGCUCUUCACUUCUGAGCAUAGCCACUAUUCAAUCAAGAAAGCAAGUGCAGCUCUGGGCUUUGGAACAGAGAACCUUAUCCUAUUAAAGACAGAUGAGAGAGGGAGAGUCAUUCCUGCUGAUCUGGAGGCAAAAGUAAUCGAGGUCAAGCAAAAGGGGUACGUUCCAAUGUUUGUGAACGCCACUGCUGGCACCACUGUCUACGGAGCCUUUGACCCCAUCAAUGAGAUCGCAGACAUCUGUGAGAAGUACAACAUAUGGCUUCAUGUAGAUGGUGCAUGGGGAGGAGGCUUGCUGAUGUCCAGGAAACACAGACACAAGCUGAAUGGAGUAGAAAGGGCAAACUCAGUCACCUGGAACCCUCACAAGAUGAUGGGAGUGCCGCUGCAGUGCUCUGCCAUUCUGGUCAGAGAGAGGGGACUUUUACAAGGCUGCAACUCUAUGUGUGCGGGCUACCUGUUCCAGCCAGACAAGCAGUACGAUGUCACAUAUGACACAGGGGAUAAGGCCAUUCAGUGCGGACGCCAUGUUGAUAUCUUUAAGUUUUGGCUCAUGUGGAAGGCUAAGGGAACAGUAGGAUUUGAGCAGCACAUAGACAAGUGCUUGGAUCUGUCGAUGUACCUCUACGACAAAAUAAAGAACAGAGAGGGAUUUGAGAUGGUGUUCAAGUCAGAGCCGCAGCACACUAAUGUCUGCUUCUGGUACAUUCCUCCGAGCCUCCGUGGCAUGCCUGAUGGGAAAGAGAAGCGCGAGAGACUGCACAAGGUGGCUCCCAAGAUCAAGGCCAUGAUGAUGGAGGCGGGCACCACUAUGGUGGGUUACCAACCACAGGGAGAGAAAGUCAACUUCUUCCGCAUGGUCAUCUCGAACCCUGCAGCCACCAGGUCAGACAUCGACUUCCUGGUGGAGGAGAUUGAGCGACUGGGCCAUGAACUGUGAGAGUCCACAGCAGAUUGUAUUCUCCGACAUUAACGAGUGCUGAGCUUUGCUUUACCCUUUGUCUUUUCAACACAGUAACAUUUUUCGCCUUCCAGUAUUUUAUGGCAAUGCACAAUUAACAAUAAUGUACCCCGUGUGUUUCUGUCGGUUUUGUCUUUAGCUGCGUCGAUGUAUGUAUAGAAAACAUCUGACAAAAAAACCCCCAACAAAACAAAGCACAGUGGAAUUUACGUCUAUUAUGCAAAGUGGGAAUAAACCACAACAAGGUGAAUAAAUUGAAAUGGGGUCAUUUUCAUGUAGAAAUAAUCUGUUUACAAAGAAAAUGAAAUAUUGUUAGAAAAAGAGCAUUCAGUAACACACCUAGCACAUUUAAUGGUUUUAAGACAUGAAGUUAAGACAAAAAUAAAAAAGAAUAAAAAUCUGGAGAUUUAAUCUUUUAUUGUAAUUUUUGGUAAGAAAAUCAUUGACAAGAAAUCCAAGACAAGAUUUACAAUCCUAACAGAAAGAAAGGAAUCCAUUAAAAGGAGUGCAAGUACACAAAAGAUGAUGUUUUAAAGAUUUGGAAGCAACUCUCACUCUUUUUUAGAGCAGCAUCAAUGGUAAAAGUCUGGUUAUAAUCGUUUGAACAGCUAAAAACUCUGCACAUCUAGUAUUUUCUCUGGGUUUCUAGGGAACAACAUUUUGAUGGAUUUAUCAACUUAAUUUUACAUAAGCAAGGAACAUCGUAAGUUUUCAUAACUAAGGAUUCUAGUAAAGGUAUUAUUUGCAGACGUAUUGCUAUAGAGGGGGACAGGUGUUAAAAACAGAAUUUCUCUCUGUUCUUCUUGUUCAUGUAAAGGUUAGUAUUGGCAUGACAGCACAGCUCGCUAUUGCAGGCAGAUAGAAAAGCAACACUUAACCAUUUUCUGCUGAUAAAAUUAGUGAGUACCCCUCAAUGAUGGUGUUGUUGAAGAUACUGGUUCAGUGCUGGAGGUUCAUAGCAAUCAGCGCUUGUGCGUUUUCAUCAGAAACCAUUACUGAGAGCUAAAAAUAUUACCCUGUUUUUUGCAAUCUUAGACAAGCAUUAGCUUCUAUUGUAACUGUAGGGGGCGCUGUUUCACACAGAAUAAUCACAUACAGUCCUGCGACAUUGUUUCCCCCCUGAUAGAUUAUUUUCUUUUUUCUUAUUAUUGCAUUUUUUCUCACAGGUCAUAUAUAUUUUAAAGCAUAUACUUUGCCGGCCCCAAAUAAGGCGUGGAGAGUUUUCGAAUAUGGACCUUGGAAAAAAAAUAUAUUUUUUUGUGUUCAAAACAAAAAUUAGACUUUUUUUUUUUUUUUAAAUGAUGACCAAUGAAAUAAUAAAAUUACAAAAAACAUGCACAAACGCCAUGAUAAAAGGACCUCUUUUAACAUCUGAUAUACUGUAUACUACCAGUUUUUCUAGAAUGGAAAUGCUGAGAAAAGUUCAAUUCAUUAGCAUCCAGAUGUGGAUAUGUGUAGCAAGUGAAUUAUACUGAGAAAUACUGUAAAGCCUAUCAAUUCAGAAAGUGCUUACGUUAAAAAAAAUUGCCUCCCCCUAUGCUUGUAAAGCAGCCACAAAGAAUGUCCCUCAAUGUGUUAUCUGUGUUAAAAAUACUAUAUUCCAACAUAUUUUCAGACAUAGUAAAUACAAUUAUAAGAAAUCUUCACAACGUAGACAAAAGCAUAUGUAACAGAAAUGUAAAACAUGUAACAAUUGUGAUCUGUGUUGUGUUUAUCGAGCCAGUUGGGACGUCAUAGCAGUUGCUGCAACCGACUGCAGUGACUUUUGUGUAGAUUGUGAUUCAUUGCCUCCGUGCCAAAUAUGUCCUAGAAUCACAACGAACAAAUUCUGUAUGUAAAUCAAACAUUCAGUCUACUGUGUGACAGAUUAUUGAAUUUAUAUAGAGAGGCUUUUCUUGUGAGUAGUAUAUAUUAUCCUUUGUUUGAAAAAACUCUGAUGUAAAUAUGUGUUUGUGAACCAAAGAAGAAUUAGGUUACAGUCGCAAAUAUUUUCACGGAAAUUGAUUUAACUUUGACUUUAGUGCAAACCAUGCAGUGUCGCUGUGAUUCAUUAACUGAAUGUCAUCAAGGCUCUCUGGCAGUCCGGCUGCUGCCGACAAAAAGCACAUUACCGAAUCAUGUUGACGGGGCAGCUUUAAAUUUAGAGACAUAUGAUUGUCUGUACCAUAUAACAUGAAAUGGAGUUUAACUAUAAUAUGCAAAAUUAUGAUGGGUAUGUGCUUUCUGUAAGCAUAAUUUUAUGUUUUAAAAGAACUCUGCGGUUGUUUAUCAUUAAGCAUUUUUGCUUGAACCAAGUAAUGUAUUUGCUACUGUACUAAGACUGAGUAAACACCUGUACAUUCCUGAUUUUUGUGGGGAUGAAAUGUCCCUUGUAGUACUUGAUGUAGGCACUUUAACAUGACUAAAUAACUACUGUAUUCACAUCACUAAUAAAGACAUGAGCUGUAGAUAAUCUGCAGGCACAGGUGUCUGUGGUUUCUUUGAAAGAUUUAAGGAAAUAAAUAAAUAAAAAAUUCCUGUGCAUGUUAA